UGACAGCAGGAGGGGUUAUAUGAGGGCAGCGCGCGCGCGGGUGUAUAAAUGCGUUGGUGCGCUCGCGGUGAAUCCCCCUGUGUGCAUGUGAGCGCGUGCUGAGGGUCCGAGCUCGGCGGCAGUGGCUGGAAUAAGUGAGGAGGAAGAGACAUGGCAGACCAGGCAUUCGUCACCUUGGCCACGAACGAUAAAUAUGCUAAAGGCGCAGUGGUGCUGGGGAAGUCCCUGAGGAACCACAAGACCUCCAAGAAACUGGUGGUGCUCAUCGGACCCCAUGUGUCGGAACCGUCCAGGGCAGUGCUUCACACGCUGUAUGAUGAGGUCAGGCUGGUGGACGUGUUGGACAGUGGGGACACCGCACACCUGGCCAUGAUGCAGAGACCAGACCUGGGAGUGACCUUCACUAAGCUCCACUGCUGGACACUCACACACUACUCCAAAUGUGUGUUUAUGGACGCAGACACUAUGGCGGUAGCGAACAUUGAUGAGCUGUUUGACAGAGAGGAGUUAUCAGCAGCUCCAGAUCCCGGAUGGCCCGACUGCUUUAACUCCGGCGUGUUCGUCUUCCGCCCCUCCAACGAGACCUAUGGCAAACUCCUUCAGUACUGUACAGAGCAUGGCAGCUUCGACGGUGGAGAUCAGGGAGUACUCAAUGGCUACUUCAGUGACUGGGCCACAGCAGACAUCAGAAAACACCUCCCGUUUAUCUACAAUAUGAGCAGCAUAGCAAUCUACACCUACCUUCCUGCCUUUAAACAGUAUGGUGCAAACGCCAAGGUGGUGCACUUCCUGGGAAAGACGAAGCCGUGGAGCUACACUUACGACCCUAAUCAGAGGAGAGUGCAGGGGAACGUGCAGGACGCUUCAUCGCACCCUGGCUAUCUCCUGGAGUGGUGGAGACUUUACAGCAGCUGUGUGCUUCCCCUGAAGAAACAGGAACAUGAAGACCAGCCUUUUGAUAUCAGCGCUCAGGAGGAGUUGCAGCCUCAGGCCCUGCCCGGCCCGCCUCCUCUCUCCUCAGCUGAGCGGAAACAGCGCUGGGAACAGGGCCAAGCUGACUACAUGGGAAUGGACUCUUUUGACAACAUCGAGAAGAAGCUUGCUGCUUUCCUGAAAUAAGGAAUGGGGGGGGGUGAAGGGAGCAACGUUGUAAAAAGGGCUCCUAUACAGUUUUAGAGUGAUGGUUUGGAAACAUGAGUGUAGAUCCCAUGGCUACAGUGCCAUCCUGACUGGUUUUCCUUCAGCUAUGCAGAACUGUCACUGCAGCGUGCCAACCUCGUCACCAAUUUUCUUUCUUAAAACUUUUGUACACUGUGAAACUGGUAUUCAUUUUGACUCCGUGCUCUUCACCAAAAAACAAAAGCAGAAACUUUUCUUUAUAUUCCAGAUAGUCAUGUUUUAUAAAUCGAGCUGAAUUCCGCUGUUUACACAGAGGAGGUGAUGCUUUAAUAGCACAGAUUUCUGCGACGGCGUCGUUAGUGUUCUCAUGUACCAGUCUGCUGACGCCGAUCACAUGACUCGCUCUCGUCAUCGCUCAGUAGUGACGUCUUGUUCCAGCACUUUUUAUUUAAAGCACUUAGACUUGAACGUAAGCUUUUUUUUUUUUUUUUUUUUUUUUUUUUUUUUUUUUUUUUUUGCUUGGUCACAAACUGUUACCUUGGUUUUGCCUAGAGUUUACAGCUGACUUUAAAUCUGAGUUUUCAUGCACUUAAGUCUACAGUUCUGCGCAUUGUGAAUGUCUGCAUUAGUCCAUGUUCACAUAAUGUGAGGUGAAUGCUCUUCAACUCAUCUGAUGCUGCUGCCUUCUCUCUCAUUGCAAGUGUCUUACAUUUUCAUCUGCACAAUAAACAUUGAGAUCGUUAA